CAAAUAUAUAAAAACAAGUAGCUUCAUCACGUGUUAUUUAGUGUAUUCUACAUGUAUUGGAAAAAUGAGGCUUUGGCCCCUCUAUCAGAGGGAAAUCAAUUUUUAUCCGAAGGAAUUCCCUCAAAACAGGUGAUCUCUCCAGAUUCACAGAGCACACCGGGAGCAUCACGCUGCGUGGACGGUCAACACGGACACGCAAUGUCACACUCUGACGGAGAAUCUCACAGAUCUAAUAUGGAGAAAGACGACACUCGCUCUUCGCCUAGUCCCCCCUCAACACCAUCCAUCUGCUCGCCGACGUCCACCGCCUCCUCCGUGCCGUCCACCGGGAAGAACGUGUGCGCGAGCUGUGGACUAGAGAUCCAGGACAGAUAUCUACUCAAGGUUAAUAAUCUGAUCUGGCACGUGAGGUGUCUGGAAUGUUCCGUUUGCAGGACUUCACUGCGACAGCAAAGCAGCUGCUACAUUAAAAACAAGGAAAUCUUCUGUAAAAUGGAUUAUUUCAGUAGGUUUGGUACAAAGUGUGCUCGCUGUGGCCGACAGAUCUAUGCCAGCGACUGGGUUCGGCGAGCUAGGGGCAAUGCCUACCACCUGGCCUGCUUCGCCUGUUUCUCCUGCAAACGUCAGCUGUCGACAGGUGAAGAGUUUGGGUUGGUGGAAGAAAAAGUACUUUGUCGGAUCCAUUAUGACACAAUGGUGGAGAACCUGAAACGAGCAGCUGAAAGUGGAAGUGGGCUCACUCUGGAAGGGGCAGUGCCAUCGGAACAGGAUAGUCAACCAAAACCAGCCAAAAGAGCGCGAACGUCGUUUACUGCGGAACAGCUACAGGUAAUGCAGGCACAGUUUGCACAGGAUAACAACCCUGAUGCUCAAACCUUGCAGAAGUUAGCAGACAUGACAGGAUUGAGUAGACGAGUCAUACAGGUUUGGUUUCAAAACUGCAGAGCGAGACAUAAAAAGCACACUCCACAACACAGCGGCCCACCUCAAACUCACCCGCAGGCCCGCAUGCCCCCCUCACUCCCAGACGAGCUGCAUUACUCUCCCUUCGGCAGUCCUGAGAGAGCACGCAUGGUGGCUCUGCAUGGGUACAUCGAAAGUGAGUGUUUCCUGAAACAUGGUCAUCCGUUCUCGGUGCUUACUACACAGAGUAUCCCUCAUCAAGCCAUGACAUUGUCCCAGCUCCCUCUCAGCCGCUAACGCCCCCCUGCCUCGCCAUGACCCCUGACUCUUUCACCCUGACCUCCUGCUCCAAACUUCCGCCCACGCCUCCGCUGACCCCAAAGGUCGGAACUGGCUGAAGGAGAAGGUUACGGUCCUUCGUGCUCUUGACCUCUGAACUCCCAAGGAGAGAGACUGUUUCCUCUCUGGUUUCAUUGGACAGGAUUUUACUCACCUGCAUCUACUCACAUUUGGCUAUGGGAAACCAUAUUUGUGACCUGUGAAUUAAGGACUUGUGUCACCAAGACCAGGAUCUGGAGUUUUGGACAAAAGAAAAAAAAAAGACACUUGAGCACACACUGUAAAAUACUAAAGUGCUCUUGGUUCAUCCUCUUCUCCUGAUAGUCUCAUCUCACACAGCUCUUGUUCAGCAUUCGGAGAUGACUUUGAAUGCAAACAAAAGGAAUGUAAAGUUACCAGCAUCAGUGUUAAAGGUAUAGGUUGAAAAAUGCAAGGAUGAAUGGAAAAUAAAUGGCACAGGACAAGGUGGUAAGACAUAUUUUAUCUAAUUUACCUCGAUGAAAGAUGCAAAACAUGCUUUGCCUAGUGCCACAAUUGAAGAUGUAUGUUGUACUAAGGCAUUCAAACGUAUUUAUGCUACCUACAAGACCUUAAAUUCAAUCCACCGUUUCUAUCCCUCUUUCUCUUACUCCCAUAUUUAAAGGAAUAUUCUGGGUUCAAUACAAGUUCAGCUCAAUCGACAGCAUUUGUGGCAUAAUGUUGAUUACUACAAAAAUUAAUUUGGACUUGUCCCUCCUUUUCUUUAAAAACGCAAACUGGGUUACCGUGAGGCACUUACAAUGGAAGUGAACGGGGAAAAUGUGUAAAUGUUAAAACACUCCCUCUUUCAAAAGCAAUAUGCAUGUUAACAUGAUUUCAGAGUCAUAAAAUCACUUACUAACCAUUUUUGUGUAAAGUUAUAUCCAAUUUUACAACUUAAUAAAUAAUGAUGUAAUGUCAACAACCUCAUAUAGAUUUUUUUAAAGACAAAGAGGGACGAUGAAUUUAUUUUUUUUGUUGUGGUAAUCAAUAUUAUUCCAUAAAUUCUGUCGAUUGAGCUUAACUUGUACUGAACGCGGAAUAUUCCUUUAAGAGCAAAGUUGUAUGGUAAAGGGGCAGUUUUACCUCCUAUGUGUAUUGAGAUAUAAUAUGGUGCCGAGCUCGAUUGGUCCAACAUAGAGACUUUAAGUUAAAAAUUGUGCAUUGUUUGAAAUUGGAGUUUUAAAUGUCCAUUUUUAAUUAUUUAUUUGAGUAAAAAGAUUAAAACAGUUUCAAAUUGUGUUCACAAUUAUUUGUUAAUUAUUCACAGCAGAUGGUGAAAUUGUUUCAUGCAACAAAUUAUGGAUUGUUUUUUUUUUUCAAGAGGUUUUAGUUUUCAAAGAUCUUAAGGACAUCUAAACCUCUAAACCCUGAUAAACUGCAGCUCUCAUAAUAGUUACAAUUUAAAAAAAUGCAUUGCAAUAACUGUUGUUAUUCAGAUUUAUUUGAGUGGUCUAGAGCAAUAAAAAACACAGUUAACAUUGAUCUUCAGAUGAGAUUAUUUAAAAGUAAAAAAAAAGUAGAAAAAUAUUAAACACAUGGGGAUCAAGAAGAGAUUAUCAAUGACAAACAACAUUUUGUGCAAAAGACAGAAAGAGAGAAAGGAAGAUUGAAACUAAAAAGAGCACUUCAGUCAAAUGUAAAGAUAACUACAUGUAAAGAAAUUGUAUCUUUAUUUCAGCAGUGUCCUAACUUUAUGUGGAAGACGAAUGUGUCUGUGUUUCAUUAUUUUACAUGUGUGCCGUAUAUGCCUCAGCCGUGACAACAGAGCUGGAGUGUUGUAUACUUGCUGCAGACACAACAGAUCGGAGCUGUGUACAGGUCUGAGACCUGGGGAAAAGUCAAAUAUUGUAACUUAAAUUCGAGAAAUACAUUCUGAUGUUCUGAAUGGGGGACAAGGCCUCAACAUUCUUGUAUUUAUUAAGACAGAUAGCAUGUAAGCACUUUUCCCCACUGCCACUUGACUGUUUUGUAAAAAAAAAAAAGAAAAAGGAAAAAAGAAAAAGAAAUAAAACAUAAAAAAAAAAUGUCUUUGCCUGUGCAUUCUAAAUGUUUUUGAAAAUGAAUGAAAUAAAUACUACAAAACUUGAAAACAUUGAAUAUUUCAGACAGAUAUCAUAUGCAUUUAUAUGUAUGCUUUUUGACAUAUUCUUUAUUAUUGCUAUUUUCCACAUUGUUAGAAUUACAUAUAUGUAAAUUCAUAAAAAUUCCUCUAAUAACAAAAAUGAAAGUGGGAAUUAUGUGUUUAUGGACAUAAAAGAAACUAAAUCUCUCUUAUAUGUUUGCUUCUUUAAAUUAGCCGCCAUUUGUUUAUAUUACAGCUCUGCACUCUGUUGACAUUCUCUCAACCGACUUGAUUAGAUGCCACCUGAGAUGCUUGCAAUAGUAUAAAAAGGAGAUUCCAUGUGUGCUGGACAUUUGUCUGCUUUUACUUGAAUAUUUGCUCCAACUUAUCCAAUAAUAAUAAAAAAAAAAUUAGUUUUAAGAAAUUCAUAUAGGUGCAAUUUAUAUGUCUACAAAACUAAUUUAAAGUAUUUAAGCAUAAGCCAUUAGUUUGAAU